GAGCUGUUUGACGGUAUCGGAUUCGGAGCUACUUUACGAUGGGCGUCUCUGAUGAUUGGAGUGAUGCUCCUCAUCGGCCGGCGUGAUCGUCACAUAUGCGUUGCCCCCCCAAGGGUCAGGCCGGUCAACAACGGCCGAUAAGCCUCGCGGCUUUCGAGCGGCCUGCGUUCCUCACCCCUGUCUUUGGAAGCUUCCUCUUCUCCUGGGGUAUUUUCGGCCCUUUCGACCUUCAACCCCUCUUCUCCGGCGGGAACGCCUUGACGUCAUCCGCAUCUCUCAAUAUCGCGUCCAGAAUGAAGGAAGUUCUGGUCGAGACGACAGACGACACGGCACACCACAGAACCGCGGUGACAUCGGACAACUCCCCAUUCUACAUGCUCGUCCCCCACCGCCUCCACGCCGGCCGGCAAAGGUACAACUUGGGACAGUGCUGCGUCGGUGUUUGGUAGGAUCCUGCCCAGCAUGCUCUGGGACGGCAUUGGCUCGUCUCUGGGGGAUCAUCACGGCUAAUGCGUAUCUCGCCGCCGCCACCAUUCUCGCAAUCUAGCCGCCCAUCAACUACCGCCAUUCGUUGCGCGGAUUGGUCGUGUUCGCAAUCGUGUUCGCAAUCUUGUUUCGGUCCUCGCCGGGAAGAGGGGAGAGGGGAAGUUCGUAUCGCUCAUGGCACCCGCGUCGGUGGAAAUCGUGUGCGAGCACAUGUAGGGU